ACCUCCGCUUCAAGACAUCUGUUCCUUUCUAACAGAGCGCGCCCCCGUUUCCAGAGCUGUGACUGAACGACUGACUCUCGUGGUCCCCGGACUGGUGAUUUCCACAUUUGCCCGUGAAAUCAACCAAAGAUGAAGAUCGACGUUGACUCAAACUCACCCUGCUCUUCUUUUCGCAGUUUGUAGACUGGAGGGAAUUGGAACAAGGAUUUUGCCUCCUCUCCAUCACUCUCGUCCGAGCAGAGAGAGUCGCCACCGAGCGUCAAAAGUCCGGUGCCAUUGAGUAGCCGAUUUCUUUUUGUCUGCCCUCUAGCCGGAGGUUUCGCAUCCUCCGCGUCUGGCUUGGAUGGGAAAGGACAACGAAGGGCGAGUGAAAAGAUCGGGGUUCUGAUGUUUGAAUAUUUUGCGCUUCUGGACAUUUAAUUGGUCGUAUUCAGUCAUCGUUGAGAGACUACUGUGAUUAUGGAGUCGGUAGAAAAGGAGUGCGGAGCGUUGGGUGGAUUAUUCCAAGCUAUCGUCAACGACAUGAAGAGUUCAUAUCCAGUGUGGGAAGACUUCAGUGCCAAGGCUACUAAACUGCACUCCCAACUCAGGACCACAGUUCUGGCAACAGUGGCAUUUCUAGAUGCCUUUCAGAAGGUGGCAGACAUGGCGACCAACUCAAGAGGAGGCACCAGGGACAUAGGUUCAGCUCUGACCAGGAUGUGCAUGAGACACCGCAGCAUCGAGACUAAACUACGCCACUUCACCAAUGCUCUUAUGGAAGGCCUAGUCACUCCUCUCCAGGACAGGAUAGAAGAAUGGAAGAAGACAGCUAACCUGCUGGACAAAGACCACGCCAAAGAAUACAAGCGGUCUCGCCAGGAGAUCAAGAGGAAGUCCUCAGACACCAUGAAGCUCCAGAAGAAGGCCAGGAAAGAGCUUCUAGGCCGGGGUAACCUGCGUCCCCAGCUGGACAGUGCCAUGCAGGACGUCAGUGACCUCUACCUUCUGAUGGGGGAGACCGAGAAGCAGGCGGUGCGCCGGGCCCUCCUAGAGGAGAGGGGGCGCUACUGCUUCUUCAUCAACCUGCUGAAGCCUGUGGUGAAUGGAGAGAUAGCCAUGCUGGGAGAGAUCACUCACCUGCAGGCCAUUGUUGAUGACCUCACUGUGCUCACUGAAGACCCACACAAACUGCCCCCGGCUAGUGAGCAGGUGAUCGGGGACCUGAAGGGUUCAGACUACAGUUGGUCCUACCAGACCCCUCCCUCCUCUCCCAGCAGUGCUGCCUCCAGGAAGAGCAGUAUGUGCAGUAUCCUCCAGAUGCCAACUGUCGGUGCCCAUCGUCUCAGUAGUGUCUCCUCCCAUGAUUCAGGGUUCAUCUCUCAGGAUGCCAACACCCACUCCAAGCCCCCCUCGCCCAUGCCCUCUGACAUCACCAGCCAGAAGUCCACCAGCUCAGCCUCCUCUGAGGCAUCAGAAACCUGCCAAUCUGUCAGUGAAUGCAACUCUCCCACCGCGUUUGGCUCGGGCUCAUCCUUCGGUACCUUCCGCCCCGCUCUCUCACACACUGGCUCCAUCAGGCCUCUCUCUGUCAUACUUCCUGGGUCCCCCACAUUUAACCGCUCUCCUGGAUCCAAACCCCCCUCACCCAUCUCAAAGGUUCCUAGCUGGAAGGAUUGGUCUAAAACCAGUACCUAUGAGCCCUCACUGGCUACCACUCUGCAGCAAAGGAGAGAGUCAUUGGACAGGAUGAGGGAGCAGGAGGUUCCUUCCAGUCCUAAAGGGUUCUCUGGGAUGCACCCAGACACUCAUAGGUCCAGGAUGGCCCAAGCUACUAUAGCAGCCAAGCACGGCGGUGAGGCCAUGUCCCCAGCAGCCAGUACACUAGCCAUGGUGCUGACCCGUGGUCUCAGUAUAGAGCAGCAGAAGAAUAGCAGGGAAUCUCUGCAGUAUUCCAGUGGCUACAGCACCCAGACCAACACACCCUGCUGCUCAGAGGACACCAUCCCCUCACAGGGGUCUGACUAUGAGUGCUACUCUCUGAACGGGGACGCUGAUACCAGCAGGGAGGCUGACUUCGACAAGUCCUCCACCAUCCCCCGCCACAGCAACAUCGCCCAGAACUACCGCCGCAUGAUCCAGACCAAGAGGCCGGCCAGCACCGCCGGGUUACCCGCCGGAGUGAGCCCUCCUGGUGGUAUGCAUGGAGUGAUUUAUGGGGGUGAUGGAGGGCGUGAUGGGAGGCACGGAGCCAUCACCUCUGGAACAGCCACCAUCCGCCGGACCCCCUCCUCCAAAACGGGGGUGAGACGCACACCGUCCACCUCAGGCCCCAUCGCCAUCCGCCCCCCCAUCGUUCCAGUCAAGACCCCCACGGUGCCAGACUCUCCUGUCUACUCCCCCUGUUACUCCCCCAGCUACUCUCCCAGCCUUAUCCAGAGCAUGGGAAGUGAAGAGUACCUGUAUGGGGACGAGACUCCAUCCAGUGCCUUGGAGUACAUGAAAGCCUCCCCCAAGCGGCUGAGCCUACCUGACACCACCGCCUGGAGCUCCGGAGGGGGGCUGGACCAAAGUGUCUAUGCCCAGCAGCCCCCUGGCAUGACAGGCCUCAGCCUAGAGGAGGACCCCCAGCUGGCAGCCAACCGCCACAGCCUGGUGGAGAAGAUCGGAGAGCUCGCGGCCAGCGCCCACGCCCUGGGCGAAGGUCAGUUCCCCUUCUCCUCUCUGGACCCUCUGCCAGCGGACCCAAUGGGUACCAACUCUGUAACCCAACACCCACAACAACCACCACACAGGCCCCAGGAGGGCGUGGACAUGCUGGUGUCCAUACGGAGAGGUGUGAGGCUCCGCAAGGCGGUCUCCAACGACAGAUCAGCCCCCAGGAUACUGCAGGAUACUGCAGCAGCAUCCAGGAUACUGCGGUAGUAUCUACUGGGACUGACCACAGAACUGUGGUGCCACUGCAAGCUCUAGUAGUGAAAUGAAUGAACACUCAUCUUCGACAGGAAAAGACUGCAUGAAAUGAAAGGGAAAACGAGUGUCAAUGUGUAAAGAUUCAAUGAAUGGCCAUGGGUGGCCAAUGGACAAAUUUCACGUAAUGAAUUGCGUACAAAUGUAUUUUUAUGUCGUAUUCCUAUUUCCCAUGUUGUCUGUGGGCUUAGUGGCUGUGGUUGUCUAUUCCCUCUGUCUCCUAAUGAAUCAGCCCAGGCACCUUUCCUUUAGACUCAGCGAUCAGGGCCUGUAUUCACAAAGUGUCUCAGAGUAGGUGUGCUGAUUCGUGUAUAAUGAAUCUAUAAUACAAUUAUAUGGACAAUGGUGCUGAGUGAUUAGUGCUUUUUGAGGUCUGUUUGGUUUCGGUUCGAUUAUAUAUACAGUACAACUACUCAUUCAAGGGUUUUUCUUUAUUUUUACAAUUUUCUACAUUGUAGUAUAAUAGUGAAGACAUCAAAACGAUGAAAUAACAAUUGCCUUGAUGACAGCUUUUUUUUCUUCUUCUUUUUUCUCCCCAAUUUCAUGGUGUCCAAUUGUUUAGUAGCUACUAUCGCUACAACUCCCAUACGGGCUCGGGAGAGACGAAGGUUGAAAGUCAUGCGUAAUCCGAUACACAACCCAACCAAGCCGCACUGCUUCUUAACACAGCGCGCAUCCAACCCGGAGGAAACACAGUGCACCUGGCAACCUUGGUUAGCGCGCACUGAGACAAGGAUAUCCCUACCGGCCAACCCCUCCCUAACCCGGCUGACGCUAGGCCAAUUGCGCGUCGCCCCACGGACCUCCUGGUCGGUUAUGACAGAGCCUGGGCGCGAACCCAGAGUCUCUGGUGGCACUGCCCCACCCGGGAGGCCCUUGAUGACAGCUUUUUAAUGAAGACAUUGUCACAUCGUUUGUAAUAAAUGGACCAAGAUGCAGCGUGGUAUAGUUCCAUCCUCUUUAUUUUGAAGUGAAACUCAAAGAAAACAAUAAAUGCAAACCGAAAUGCAGGCAACCAUACAUAGUCAAGAUCCCACAAAGCACAAAUGGAAAAAGGCUCCCUAAAUAUGAUCCCCAGUUAUUGACAACGAUAAACAGCUGCCUCUGAUUGGGAACCAUACCAGGCCAAUAUGGAAAUAUAAUCACCUAGUCACACCCCGACCUAACCAGCAUAGAGAAUAAAAAGCUCUCUAUGGUCAGGGCGUGACAGACAUCAACACUAGGAAAUAACACAUAUGGAAUCAUGUAGUAACCAAAAAAGUGUUAAACAAAUCAAUAUAGAUUUUAAAUGUUAUAUUCUUCAAAGUAGCCAACCUUUGCCUUGAUGACAGCUUUGCACACUCUCACUAUUUUUGUAGUUCUUCAAAGUAAAUAAGGCAUACUUUUAUGACUGCUGAAUACCAACUAUCAAACACUUAAAUGAUGUAUUUUCAAGAAAAAAUACCUCAUGAAGCGAGAGCUCUCUCUCGAUCGCACAUUAAUCUGUCUCUUUUACGUAGUUGGCGUAAAAGAAACAAACCGGACCAGUAGGCGCUCAAUGGAUUAUGGUCAUUGUAGUUCAUGUUUUCUGAGCUUAACAAUGUAGAAUAUUGGCCUGUUGGAAACUACUACAACAUCACAGAGUUCGGGCUUGAUCUGAUUGUUCUUUAGAGAAACUGCAUAAUGUGUGCAUUGAGUUUACAGAAAACGGAACAAAAUGGGCUUCAAAUAAUUGAACCAAUGUCUGUCAGUUUAGUUGUUAAAAUACGGAAAAAUAACUGAAAUGUCAGUUAAUCACUCAGCACUAAUGGACAAGGAUGAUUUUAUCCUAGAUCAGCACUCCUACUCUUAAAUGCUAUAUGAAUAUGGGCCCAGGAGGUAAUUUCAAAAUGGCGGUUGAAUGCUGUGUCUUAUUGUGUGUGUACUAACACAGCCAUCUGUUGUCUGAAAGUGACGGAGCUCAUUUGCUCUGUGAGCCUGUCUGUAUGUUAUGUUGUGUAUUAUUAUACUGAUGUAUGUAUUGCCGUUUGUAUCAUAAGCUGAACACCAAUGUAUGUUACAUAUCGGAGAAAUGUAAAAGUAAUGUAAAAUAGGAGCGAUGUGGCAGUGGUUUUAUUGCUGUACUGUACUACCAAUUUAUUCUGCAAUUAAACCAACCUUUUCCUGUAGAGGGAAGUUGCCCUUUA